GAAUAAACCCUGGGACAGACAGGAGCUCCACUGAUUAUUGAUCGGCAAUCGAUAGUUCUGUCUGAUGCAGUUAUUCAAUCAGGUUUAGAUUUAAAGUGGUAGCUUUGCUUAACAUAUUAAAUCAUUAUUUUUAUCAUUUUCUCCUUCUUCCCAGAACCUUCUUCUCCUGGCAGGCUUUAACUUUUCCUAGUGUUUCUUCUUAUAUCAUCUCCCCAUCUUUUUGGGAAAGAUGGAUAAGUUGAGUGGGAACAAUGCAACACUUGUGAACAGCUCUAUAGACAAGUGGUCCUUCAAUGAGCGUGGCUUGUACCCACACCUGGACCCCGGGGAGCUGAGGGUCCUGAUGCCGGCCAUUCUAGGAGUCAUCUGUUUCUUGGGUGCGGCUUGUAACCUCACUGCGAUGGCCAUCUUGUUCUCCAGCGCUCACAGGGGCAAACUAUCUCUCAUCAACUCCCUGGUCUUCAACUUGAUGUUUGCCGAUGGGCUGGUGCUGCUGUUCGCGGUGCCUUUCAGGGCUGCAGUCUACUCCAAAGCCUCCUGGACUCUGGGCUGGGUUGUCUGCAAGACGGCCGACUGGUUCCUCCAGUCCUGCAUGGCAGCCAAGAGCUUCACGGUUGCCAUCAUGGCCAAAGCUUGCUACCGCUACGUUUCCAACCCCAACAAGCAGGUGAGCAUCCACCUGGGCUCCAUCCUGGUGGUGUUCUUCUUCAUCUGGCUGUCCGCUUGCUCCGUCACCAUCCCUCACUGGCUGUUUGCCACGCUCCAGAGAGAAGCUCGUGGACUGGUGUGUGUGAUGGUGGUUCCUCCUGAAGCCCGGGACUUCAUGGCUGUGUACGUCAAAGCUUACCCCGUGGGAGUGUACUGUGCACCCCUCAGCUUUGCCCUAAUAUAUUUCUGGAGGGCUUACAGCCAGUGCCAGCGGCGCUCCAGUAAGUCUCAGAACCUGCGCACACAGAUAAGGUCCAGGAAGCUUACCUUGAUGCUGUUCAGCCUGACCGUGGCCAUGGCUAUUCUCUGGCUUCCACAGUGGGUGGAGUGGGUUUGGGAGCGUCAUAUAGCAGAAAAGGAAAUUGCAGGAGCCAAGCCUCUCGUCUCCUCUCUUCCCCCUCUUCUGACCCUUUCUGUUCAGCUGCUCACCUUCUCCCUGUCCCUGGUGAACCCUCUAAUCGUCCUCUCCCUCUCAGAGGAGUUCAGAGAGGGCUACAGGGGGCUCUGGAGGCGCCUCACCAUGCGCAAACAUCGUCCUACCAAGAAAAAACCCGGACCUCACAACCCUACUUGUCUCCAGUCUCCUCGCCCCAGACCGGAGACUUCGUUCCAGCUGCGGGGGGAGAAGAACAAUCGAUCAACCUCCAGCCAGGAUCCCAGCAGAGAGGCUGAGCCCCAGCCAGAGCAAGGAGGAGAGCGAGAAGUAGACACAGAGAGUCUCAAAGAUGGGAUCGUCUUGCCUGAUCUGGAGCAGUUCUGGCACAUGAGGGAGACUGGAUCUAAUGCGGAGGGAAAUGAUCCAGUGCCGUGGGAGAACCAAAACAAAGAGGGGGAAAAAUAA